GCUAUCAUUAGAAAACUGUCCGCUUAUGACAAAUGCAAUGAUAUUGUCAUUCAUGUGGCGAUGGAUAACAUGGUUGUCAUCGAUGAGAUCAAAAACUCUUGUAAACCCCAAGAGAACGGAACCGACGAUUCAGAUAAUGAAGCGAAUGACAAGAAAUCAUGGAAACCAUUGGUUUUAUUUAUUCCUCUGCGGUUGGGUUUGUCUGAAAUAAAUCCCAUCUAUUUUAAGUCACUUAAGACGACGUUCGCAAUGAAGCAAUCGUUGGGUAUAAUCGGCGGUCGACCCAAUCAUGCCUUAUAUCUGAUCGGAUGUGUGGCCAACGAACUGGUCGUCUUAGACCCGCACACGACUCAGCCAUUUGUCGACUUAGAGGAGGCCGAGGCCGACGACUCAACCUACCACUGCCCGCGAGCCUCUCGGAUGGACAUCAGUCUACUCGACCCGUCCAUCGCUUUGUGUUUCUAUUGCGACACCGAAGAGGAGUUUGACAAUUGGUGUCAAUUGACAUACAAAGCACUCAUUUUAGGUGAAAAACAGUCACUCUUUGAAUUAACUAAAGAAAGGCCAUCGCAUUGGCCCUCAUAUGAGGAACAGAUCGACGCCAACACAGCCAUCGUGUCGACGGGCACCUCAACCCUCAACUCAAACACAUGCGAGUCGUUCACAGAACUGGAGGACGCAAACAGAGAUGAUUCGGACGAGGAGUUUGAGUUAUUGGGAUAACAGUCGUGUCUAUUAUCUCGUAUUUGUGACCAAUUUUUGUUAUAUAAUGUGUUUUAUAAACUAUAAAAUUGUCUUUUUAUAAGACUUGUAAAUUGCAAUCAAAUCGCAAAUAUUUUUUAAUUACAAAACAAAAUGCAUCAAAAUAUUUAAAAAUAAAUAUUGAACAAAAUAUUAA